AUGAGUGACCUCUCAGCAAUGGAGUCGGAGACUCCCAACAUUCCCCCCCGAGAGGUUCAUAUUCAACUCCCCAAAGACGUCCCUCCCCUGAAUCAAAUCCUCUCCGCAAACGACUUUGCCCUCGCGGCGCAAAAGGCCCUGACCCCCAAGGCCUGGGCCUUUUACUCGUCUGCCGCCACCGACCUGGUCACCCUCAACCGCAACCGGGAAAUCAUCCGCCGAGUGACGCUCCGGCCGAGGAUCCUGCGCAAUGUUACCGACGUCUCUAUCGAACGGAAUAUCUUGGGGUUGAAGAGCAAGGCGCCCUUCUUCAUGUGUCCAGCGGCCAUGGCCACGCUGGCGCAUCCUGAUGGAGAGCUUGGCUGGAGUCGCGCCGUGGCAAACGAGGGCAUCUUCGAGAUUAUCUCCAGCAACGCAUCCUACUCCCUCCCCACCAUCAUCGGCGCCGCCCCGCCCAACUACCCCUUCUUCCUCCAACUCUACGUCAACUCCAACCGCGCCAAGACGGUCGAGCUACUGCGCAAGGCCCGCUCCCUCGGCAUCAAGGCUGUAUUUGUCACUGUCGACGCCCCGGUCCCCGGCAAGCGCGAGGCCGACGAGCGCACUCCGCAGACCACGACUGUCCGCUCCGAGAUGAGCGGCGGCGAGAGCACCAAGGACAACAAGGGCAACGGGCUGGGUCGCCUGAUGGGGCAGUACAUCGACAAGGCGCUGGAGUGGGAUGACUUGCGCUGGAUUCGCGAGGCGAGCUCUGUGCCCAUUGUUCUGAAGGGUAUACAAACAGUUGAGGAUGUGCGGUUGGCCGUGGGCCAUGGCGUGGACGGCGUCGUGUUGAGCAACCACGGCGGCAGGUCUCUCGAUGGCUCUCCCGCAUCAAUUUUGGUCCUCCUCGAGGUCCGGAAGCUAUUCCCCGAAGCCUUCAAACACCUCCAAGUCUUCAUCGACGGUGGCUUCGAGCGAGGCUCAGAUAUCCUCAAGGCCAUCGCCCUGGGCGCCACAGCUGUCGGCAUUGCGCGGCCAUUCCUGUACUCGCUCGUGUACGGCCAAAAGGGCGUCGAGCACCUUUCGCAACUGCUCAAGGAUGAACUUGAGACCUCAAUGAGACUCGCUGGUAUCACGAGUUUGGACCAGGCGACACCGGCGUUGGUGAAUACGCUGGAUGUGGAUCACAUGGUGCCAUCCGGAGACGCUGGAUCGUCUCCUGUGGCAAAGGUGCGGACUUCGAAGCUGUAA